AUGCUCACCUGUGUCCGGUGUGAGGAGGGCUUUCCAGACCCGUGGAGUCACAGGGCGCUCAUCCUGGACGAAGCCUUCUCGUCCCUGAGCAGAGGCCCAUGGAUUGCCAGGGGAGCAUCCCAGGCGCCUUGGCUGUGGGCGGCAGGACAUGGACCCCCAGACAGCCGAGGGGCCGGGCCAGGCGGACCAAGCGCUCGGGAGGCCCCCAGCUCGGAGGCUGCUUUUGCCACAUCUGACCUCACUGGUCAGGAGACAGAGACGGAGAUGGCCAUGGAUCGACUAGCCAGUGGAGCCCAGAGCAUCCCUCCUGAUAUUCCUACCCACGCUGAGGCCCCAGGUUCUGACAAGGAAGGCUCUGCAGUGGACAAGGAAGCUGAUGGGGAUGCCUAUGGCUGGGAGCUGUCAGAAGGUCCACCCUGCCCACAUGAACAGGCUGCUGAUCUUUUUAAUGAGGACUGGGACUUGGAGCUGAAGGCAGACCAAGGCAAUCCUUAUGAUGCUGAUGACAUCCAGGGGAGCAUUUCUCAAGAGAUUAAACCUUGGGUAUGCUGCGCCCCACAAGGAGACAUGAUGUAUGACCCCCGCUGGCACCAUCCACCUCCACUGAUACCACAUUAUUCGAAGAUGGUCUUUGAAACAGGACAGUUUGAUGAUGCUGAAGACUAAAGUCUCGCUUUCUGCCCUGGGGGAAUUUUUGUGUCCUCCAGAUCAAGGGUUGUUUCCUGUGUGU